AUGCGUUGGUUACUUUUUAGCUAUGAAUUAAAUGCAAUUGUAAAACAAUGUGAUGAGUUAUUACAAGUUGCUGGACAAGCAGUUAUGCAUGAUCAUCAUCGUGGAACUUUAUCAUUACAAGAUAUAAAAGAAAAAAUUAAUAAAUAUAAACCAGAUCGUAUUAUUGUUAUUGACAAUCAAGGAAAUUUUGAAAAUAACCAUCCUCUUCAUAAAAUACUCAAUGAUCAUCUACUUAUUCCUAUUUAUGUUGGUCAAGCAACCAUACAUCUGCAAUCUCCUAUACCUGUACUUUUAUUAACAUUUACAAAUGAUAAUAAUAAUAUAGAUUCAAUAUUAUCAGUUAAUAUUGUUCAAAAUGCAACAAAUGAAUUGAUUAAUCUUUAUUCAAAUAUGAUUCAUGCAAAAAUUUAUACACCGAUUAGUGAUGAAGACUUAAAUGAAACAAUUUUGUUAAAAUAUUUAAAUUCAUUAUGGAAAAAUGAUCCCGAAGAAACUCAUCAUAUAACUAUUCUUUCUGAUAUUUUACCUAUUUUAUUAGCAUUAAUACAUGAUGGUAAAGUACAAGGUCAAGUAAAUGUUUCUAAUAAAGGUAAAAUAUCACUGAAUUGUCUAGAAAGAUUGAUUUCGAACCAAUCGAAAACGACAACAAGUAUAGCGCAAAUAAUUAAUACUGAAGAUUUAAUUGAUCAAUUCGAAAAAUGGAAUAAAGAAAUGAUUUUACCUGAAACACGCCAUCUUUAUCAAGCAUCAUUUGUAAUACCAAAUGCACCAAACAGUAUAGUACAAUAUCUUCAACAAAACUCAAUUAAUCGUAAUUCAAAUGCACCAAGAAUUGUUCUUGCGACGGGUGGUUGUGGAUUUAUUGGUAGUACAUUUAUUAAUCAUUGGCUUGAAAAAUAUCCAGAAGAUCAAAUAAUUAAUAUUGAUCGACUUGAUCCAGUAUCGAAUAUAAAAAAUAUUCAAAAUUCAACAUCACCAAAUUAUUCAUUAGUUGUCGCAGAUAUUGAUAACAAAGAUAUUAUCUUACAUUUAAUGAAACAAUAUAAUAUUACACAUAUUGUUCAUUUUGCCGUUCAAGCUCAUCUUGAUAAUUCAUUUGGUAAUAGUAUUACAUUUACCCAAAGCAAUGUGUCUGGAACACAUUCAGUUCUUGAAGCAAGUCGCCUAUAUGGUAGAAUAGUAAAAUUUAUUCAUAUUAGUACUGAUGAAGUUAAUAGUGAAACAGCACCUGGAAGUUAUCAAGAAACAGGUCUUCUUAAUCCAAUGAAUCCAUAUGCAGCAACAGUAGCUGCAGCUGAAUUUCUUGUUAAAUCUUAUGGUGAUAGUUUUAAAUUAUCUUAUUGUAUUGUACGUUUAUGUAAUGUUUAUGGACCACGGCAACAUAUUGAAAAACUCAUUCCAAUAUUUAUUAAUAAUUUAUCAAAUGGACAAACUUUAAAAAUUCAUGGAGAUGGAAAACAAACAAGAAAUUAUAUUUAUGUUGAUGAUGUUGUUAAUGCUAUUGAAAUUAUUUUUCAUCAAGGCAAAACAAAAAUGGUUUAUAAUAUUGGAACAGAAUAUCAAUUAAGUAUACUUGAUAUUGCUAAAAGUCUUAUAAAAAAAAUUCAACCGAAUAAAAAUCCAGAAGAUAUUAUUAUAUAUGAUAAACCAAGAUCAUUUACUGACAAACGAUAUUCUUCAAUAACAAAUAGUGCAGUAAAAACUCUUGCAUGGAAACCAAAAGUAUCAUUUGAUGAAGGACUUGAUAAAACUAUUCAAUGGUAUAAACAAAAUCCAAAAUAUUGGGAUAAAUAA